UAAAAAUUUGGAAAAAGAACUGAAUCAAUUGAAGACAGAAAGAGAUAAAUUAUUGAAUGAUUUUAUAAUGAAAGAUGGUGAAACGGUUUUUUUACGAAAUCAAUUACAAAUGACUCAAACGCGUAUAGAAAAUGAUAAAAUAGAAAAAAUGCAUUUGAUUGAAGAACAAUCUAAGAAACAUAAAAGAGAAAUUGAUCAAAUGAUUAAGGAAAAACAAGAUUUAAAAACUCAACUUGAAUUAAAAGCUUUUGAGAUAGAAAAACUUAUGGAACGAUGUAAGCUAUUGGAAUCUAGAAAUAUUAAAUUCAUAGAACCACAUACAACUAGCAUGAUGUCGCCAGAUAUCGACCAUGAAAUUGAUACUGUGAAUCGUUUGAACUUUCCUACUAAAUACAUAGACAAAAAAGAUGUUAAUAUUCAAACUAAUAUCAGUAAUGGAAAGAGUAAUCAUUUAAAUACGUUAGUAGUACAUUAUCCACUAUUAAAAAUACCAGCUGAAAUUUUCAAUCCUUCGUUACCAGAAAAAUCUGUAGUUGAAAUUAAAGUCACAGAAAAAACUGGAAAACAAAAUUUACCCAUUUUACAAGAUGAACAAACGUUUCGAAUUUUUGAGAAUCCAGAUCUGGUAAAGCCUGUAGUCACUAUGAUAAAUGGUAAAAAAUUAUCUUUAGAAUUUGUCUUGUCUGAUAUUGCUUUAAUCAAAAAUAAGGUAAGCACAGAAUUAAAUUCUGAUACCUGUAUACCUAUUAUCAAUAAACUAGUAUCGACUGCAAGGGAAUUGAUCUUAAAUAUGAUAGUUGUUCUGCAAACUAUUUUGCAAGCUAUGAAAAAUGAUGACAUUAGAGAUAUGAAUGAUGUAUAUUUUUCUGAUCUUUACAAAAGCCCAAUUUAUUAUACCAAAUCUGUGUGCGAUGCAAAUGAAUGGCACAAAAAUGAACGUGGAAUAGAAGCUAGAAGGAUUUUAGGUGUUUUAUCAUAUAUUGCAUCCGAAUCGUUAUACCUUAGUAAAUAUGUAGCAGGAAAAACAUCAUUACUUGUGGAAAAAGAUAAAUCUUACAAGGAAUAUUCACAAUAUAUGAUACGUUAUAAUUCUUGGGAUAAAAAAGAUACAAAGUUUGAAAUGUUGGAGAUGAUUUUACAACUUGUAAUUUUAAUAGGACAAGUAAGAAGAUCUCAUCAAUUUAGUGGUCUUAUUAGUGCGAUAAUAGAUCUCUUAUGUAACGUAGACAAAACAAUAGGAUUUUGCGAGAAAGGAAUAGAUUUAAUUUCUGAAAUAUUCAAAGAAUUGAUAUUCUCAAGACCCUUAUCUGUUUGCUAUAUUCCAAUAACUAAAAUGAUGAUGACUUUUAUCAAACAUUUGACAUUUGCUAAAAAGAUUUGCAAGAAUACGCAUACUUCAGUAAAAAUCUGGAAAGGUGUUCCACACUUUACGCCAGAUGCUUGUCACUUGAGAAUAUUUAUAAUACAAGUUGAAAAUUUUCAUUUCGAUCUUGUAACUACCAUUAAAAUAACGCAUUCAUUAUUAUUAUUUAUUAAAGUUGCAUUGCACAUGAAUGUUCUUCUUAUAAAAAAUGGUAAUCCUAAAUCUUGCGAUUGCUGUAUGAAACUUUCAAGAUAUAUCAUCAAAAUGUUAUGUCGAUGCUCAACAGUGUCUUUAAAUAAUGUACAAUUUCAGUACAAUCAAUGCACAUUCAACGACGACUUCUUUGUUCUGAAUACGAAUAACGAUUUUAUGGAAAGAUUCAAUAAACAAUAUUUACAUUGUACUCAAUUAAAAAAAUAUGGUAUAAAAGAAUAUAUGAAGCAAAUGAAUCCAAGUGAUCUAUUGGACCAGAAUUAUUGGACUAGUAUAAAUAAGAAACAAUUAAAUACAAUAAGAGAAGGAAUAAUAUUUUUACGAUAUUUGGCGACACGUGAUCCUGAUUUUAUUAUACGAAUUUCCGAUAUAGAAGAUUCCUUUCAUUUAUUCAUGCACAAUAUUAACAAGUUCGACAAUUUAAUAUUACACGAAAAUGACCAAGAAGCUUUAAACUUCAUCAAAUCGACAUUUGUAUUCGACAAGACAUUACUACAUGAAAGUCAAAAAAACAAAAAUAAAAUAGAUUUGAAUCGUUUAGGUAUCACCAAAGAUUUUCGUAAAAAAUCAUCUGAUUUCUCUUUCCAAAAUAUAAGAAAGGAUAACAGUCAAGAGGAUUAUAAAAAUAUAUUUGCAGCUUAUAAAAAUUUGUUCAAAAGCUGAAAUAAUAAAAAACCAUUGAAAUCAUUGUAUGGAACGAGAAGAAAAUUGAAUAUUUUCACACAUGUAACAUAGUUCUAAUAAUUAAACAAAUUUCUUCUA